AGAGAGAGAGAGAUGGAGCAAUUAUGAAUACAUAGAGCUUGCAAAUGCAAACAAAAGAAGAACAUAAAAACAAACAAAUUUCAGAGAUCUCAAACACAAGUUGUGGUUGAGAUUCAAUCUUUCCACCUCCCACUUACACUGCAAAACAAGAAAAACAACAAAAACCUCUUUAAUUAAUAUAUCAAAUGCUCCCACUGUCCCCUCCUCUCUAUCAUCUCCAAAAUACCGACUAGCCCACCGGAAAAACAAGAAAAUAAAUAAAAACCAAAGAAAGCUAGAUUAGAAAAAGAAUCCAUUUCUUCAAACCCUAAAUUUCCUUAUAUAGUGUAUUACGUGCAAUAUAUAUAAUAAUUGCACCUCGUUGGAUAUAUAUACAUAAAAUUCAACUUCUAUUAAAUAACAUUUUUAAUUUUCUUGAAUUGAUGCUAGCUUUGUCACCUUUGAGAACCACCACCUCCACAGAAGAUGAUCAGAGCAAACAACAUAUGGAGAGUUUUAGUCCAGCCGCCAAUGAAGACUUCCCAGACUUGCUUGAGAGCAUCAAUUUCGACGAUUUUUUUGUGGGUAUCAACGAUGGAGACAUGUUGCCAGAUUUGGAGAUGGACCCUGAAAUUCUUGCUGAAUUUUCCGUUGGCAGAGAGGAAGCAGAGAUGAAUACUUCGGUUGUUACUAAUGACAAAGUGGAAAAUAUUACUAGAAAAGAGGAGGAAGACAAGGUCUCAAAUUCGGAUUCUGGGUCUGGGUUGGAUUCUAGUUUGAGUACAAGAGGAGAGGAGAUUAUAAGCAAGAGAGAUGAGUCUGUGGUGAUUAGUAAUAAUACUAAUAAUAAUUCAGUUUCUAAAGAAAGUGAUAGAGGAAGAAAAUCAUCAUCAACACAAGCCAAGAAUAAUCAAGGGAAGAGGAAAGUGAAGGUGGAUUGGACGCCAGAGCUGCACAGAAGAUUUGUGCAGGCAGUGGAGCAAUUAGGGGUGGAUAAGGCAGUGCCUUCAAGAAUUUUAGAGCUUAUGGGAAUCGACUGUCUCACUCGUCAUAACAUUGCAAGCCAUCUCCAAAAAUAUAGAUCUCACCGGAAGCAUUUGCUAGCGCGUGAAGCUGAGGCAGCAACAUGGAGCCACAGACGGCAAAUAUAUGGAGCUACAGGAGGUGGUGGUGGUAGCGGAGGAAAGCGAGAGGUGAGCCCUUGGCAUGCACCAACCAUUGGAUUUCCACCCAUGACAACCGUGCACCACCACCACUUUAGACCUUUACACGUUUGGGGUCAUCCGCCAAUAGACCAAUCCCUAAUGCACAUGUGGCCUAAACACCUAGCCCAUUCACCGUCACCGCCACCACCUGCCCAUACAUGGCCUGCACUACCACCAGACCCUUCAUUUUGGCAUCAGCAACAACGAGUUCCAAACGGAUUAAUCCCUCCAGGAACGCCUUGCUUUCCACAAUCAAUGGCACCAGCGAGAUUUGCCACAGCUCCAGUGCCAGGUAUUCCACCCCAUGCCAUGUACAAAGUAGACCCUUCAAGCAUUGGAGUCCUCCCCAGACAAUCAACAGCUCUCCAUCCUAUCUUCGACUUUUAUCCAUCGAAGGAGAGCGUAGAUGCAGCCGUUGGAGAUGUUUUAGCAAAGCCAGGGCUGCCACUUCCUCUUGGAUUAAAGCCACCAUCUCUUGAUGGUGUUUUAGGAGAGCUGCAACGACAAGGCGUCGCCAAGCUACCACCCACUUGUACUGCUUGAGUUUAUUAACUAGAACAUCCUCCCAAAGGCAGUUUGUUCUUCAUCAACGGUUUUUCAAGAACCACAAAAACCCUAAAUUUGACGACAUUUCCUCUGCGUUUUGCUAGUCUCCGAUCGAUUUUCCUCUUAUUAACUUUCUUUUCCUUUCUUGUUUUCACUUUUUUUUUCCUCCUCAACGGCAGGUUUGUUCAUUAAUAGCUUCAUUAGCUAUGUGUAAUAAUAAAGUAAGAUGUUUUUUUUUUUUUUCCUUUUUCUUUUUCUUUCUGUGUAACGGUUCCACAUAUGUAUAAAUAUGAGACUCUAUGCCUACGGAUCUACAGUAAGCAUUUACAUUUCUUUUAUAUAAUUUUGCAAUUAAAGAGCUUCAUUUUAUGAA